CACAUGUUGCAGCACAACAAUAACAAGGAAGAAGAUCUUUCUAAGAUGAUAUAACGCUUCUCCUUCUUCACCGGAUAAAAAAAGAUGAGAUUUUUAGUCGUGUUUGUUUUUUGUUGCUGCUUCUCAUAUGGAGUGACAGGCAGUGAAAAGGAGCCAAUUCAGACAUUUGUAAUUCCUCACAGUCACAUGGAUGUUGGCUGGGUGUACACUAUUCAGGAGAGUAUGCACGCUUAUGCAGCCAAUGUGUACACCAGUGUGACUGAGGAGCUGUCUAAGGCUAAAGACCGCAGGUUCAUCGCUGUGGAGCAGGAGUUCUUCCGGCUGUGGUGGGACACUGUGGCCACAAACACUCAUAAAAGACAAGUGCGACAGCUUGUAAAAGAAGGCCGACUGGAGUUCAUCAUCGGGGGCCAAGUGAUGCACGACGAGGCUGUAACUGAUCUAGAGGAUGAGAUAUUGCAAAUGACAGAGGGACACGGCUUCCUCUACGAGACGUUCGGGGUACGUCCUCAGUUCUCCUGGCACGUGGAUCCAUUUGGAGCCUCUGCCACCACGCCGGUCCUGUUUGCCCUGGCAGGUUUCAACGCCCACCUCAUCUCACGCAUUGACUAUGACCUAAAAGACACCAUGCAGAAAAAGAAGAACCUACAGUUUGUGUGGAGAAGUUCUCACUCUCUAAAGGAUAAGCAGCAGAUCUUCACUCACACUAUGGACCAGUUUAGUUAUUGCACUCCAUCCCACCUGUCAUUCUCAAACAGCUCUGGUUUCUACUGGAACGGAGUUGCUUUGUUCCCAGACCCACCUAAAAAUGGAGUCUACCCCAACAUGAGCCUGCCCGUCACUAAGGAGACAGUACACGCCUACGCCCAGACCAUGGUGGAGAACAUCAAGCAGAGGGCAGCAUGGUUUAGGACCAACCAUGUGCUCUGGCCAUGGGGCUGUGACAAACAGUUCUACAACUCAUCUGUGCAGUUCAACAACAUGGAUCCUUUAAUGAAGUACAUCAACCAGAACAGCAAAGAGUUUGGUGUGACAGUCCAGUAUGCCAGUCUAAGUGAAUACUUCCAAGCCAUCUACCAAUCAGAUCUUGUUUGGGAGAGUCGGGGCAGUGAAGAUUUUCUGCCAUAUUCCACCGAACCAUACCAGGCAUGGACAGGAUUUUAUGCCUCCAGAAAUGUUUUAAAAGGGAUGGCACGGCAAGCUAGUUCCCAGCUGCACGCAGCCGAGACUCUUUUCACACGGUAUCGAAUCAGCUUCCCCGACGGACCUGUGGCUAAAGACUGGGCCCUGGACAAGCUGAGAGCACUUCGCUGGGCUGUCUCUGAGGUGCAGCACCAUGAUGGUAUCACUGGCACAGAGUCUCCCAAGGUGGCAGACAUGUACAUGCAGCAUCUCACGCAGGCCAUGAUGGGAGUGGAGGAACUUCUCGCUGCGCUCUUUCUGCUGCCCCACCACCUUGACAUCCCCAGCAUGCUCAGCAGCCACUAUCACAGAAAAGGUGUUCAUCAGACUCUGGAGCAACAUGUCAUCGUUUACAACCCCUUAGCAUGGAACAUCACCACUAUCAUCAACGUCACAGUAACCUUCCCAAAUGCAGCCGUCUUUGAUGAUGAUGGACAGCCUGUGCUGGCACAGAUCCAGAAAUCAGCACAGUCCAAUGUCACCUAUGAUCUUUUCAUCAUGGUGGACCUGGGAGGCCUUCAGCAUAGAAAAUACUUGAUUAAGUUCUCUGGCAAGCCGUGCUCUGGGAAGUCCAAGUGUAGCUGGACUUAUGAAGCUAAAGGGGUUCUGUUUGAGAGACGCCACGUCCAGGACUGGACAAAAACAGGGAGGAGGCUUCUACCAGUUCUGAAUGAAUGUUACAAGCUCAUGUUUGACCAGGAUACCAAUCUACUGCACAGCAUCACCUAUCUUGAGGAAAAAAUGAGAGUAAGGAUGACUCAGGAUUUCUGGGAGUACCACGCAAACGGAGACGUAAAAUCAGGGCCCAUCUCUGAUAACUACAUCUUCAGCACCAACGGUUCGGCUGUGCGGGCCUACAAGUCUGUGGAAAUGGAGAUUAUCCCCGGGAAGAUUGUGUCUGAGAUCAGGCAAUACUUCUACAGAGAGGAAAGCGAUAAAGAUUACGCUUAUUCAAUCACCACGCGUGUCCCAGAAUGUUUCGGGACCAGACUGCGGUGUCAUAGGCUGGAGCAAACCUAUUCGCUGGGACCCCUCCAUCUCAACACAGAGGUCGUCCUCAGGACCAGCUCUGCCCUGAAGAACAACAGGACUCUGUACACAGAUGACAAUGGUUACCAGAUGAUGAAGAGACCACACAGGAAGUUCACUAACAACACUUUAGCAAGAAACUACUUCCCCAUGGUUCGGACAGCCUUCAUUGAGGAUGACCUCAGCAGACUGGUGCUCACCAGCGACAGAGCGCACGGUGUGUCCAGCCAAGCCAGCGGACAACUAGAGGUCAUGCUCCAUCGACGUCUUUGGAACAACUUGCCCUGGAACCUCGGCUACAACCUGACCCUCAAUGACAGCUCAGUUGUAAGGCCCACCCUGUGGAUGACGCUUGGCUCCAUCAGCACCACCUCCGCACUUUACCAGAGGGAGGCAAUAGAGCUGCAGCACAGACCUGUCAUCAUGCCUAUAGACCAACCUCAGAAGCCCUGGCUGGAAAAGGAGCCCAGAGGAAGUUCUCCUGUGCGUUCAGUCGUUUUGCCACCAAACCUCCACCUGCUCAGCCUCAGUAUCCCCGGAUGGAACUACAGCUCGAAUCAUGACGUUCACCUCAGUCACAUACACUCGGGUAAGGAUCUGCGCUCAGAGCCGGACUACGAUCGAAUCCUGGUGAGAAUCAUGCAUCUGUAUGAGGAGGGAGAACAUCCUGAGCUUUCAAAGCCAGUCACAAUAAACUUAAAGGAUGUUCUGCAGGGCAUAGGGGAAGUAAAAGUGCUGGAGGAGCGUUCUCUCACAGGAACCUGGGACAUCACCAGUCUGCAGAGGUGGAAGUGGAAGACUGCAGAUAACUUAGAAACAAAGAACAAAUGGUGUUGGAGAUGUGGAGAAGAAGCUUUCACUGUCAGCAUCUCACCCAAAGAGAUCAGGACCUUCUUCGCUCACUUAGUUUCUAAGAACUUUUAGGCUUAACUGUCUUUUGUCUUCUGUGAAGAUAGCCAAUCUUCAGAAAUGUAAUGUGACUUGCUUUUUAAAGAUGUGAUCCUUUGCUACACUGCUAAUGAAUGCUCUUCUUGCACAUUAUGUUGAUUUGUUAAGAGGCACUGAUGUGUUGAUGGGCUGUGGAUAUUCCCACUUUGAGUCCCUGUUGA